UAUAGAAAUCCAAUCGUUGUGAAUGCGUGAGCUUACAUAUAAAGUUGUUGUUGCUAAUAGAUGGUAUCUCUAAUUUCUUGCUUUCUAUCUGCUGUAAAUGCCUUUGCCUUCGUUCGCCCACAUACGCACAAUCUAUAAGAGAAGCGAGGUAAUCGAAUUUUGAGAAGUUAUGAGAUACUGCAAGUCUGGAACAUGACCUCUUGACAUUAACUCGGGCAUCUCAUCCUUCAUAUAUUUGAAUUCCCGUCUUUUUGUUUUUGUCGUUCCAUCAAUUAUCAAGGGUUCAGCCAAUCAAGAAAAUGGCGACAGUAGAUCUAGAAAUGAACAACUCGGUAGAGAGCUCAAAGUUUCACCUUGUUAAACUGUUUGAAGAACAUUAUCCUUCUGGUUUUCUCAGAAAGGUGGUGGCAGAGGUUAUAGCAACCUAUCUGUUGGUCUUUGUGACAUGUGGUGCUGCUGCGAUUAGUGCUAGUGACGAGCACAAGGUCUCAAAACUAGGAGCGUCGGUAGCAGGAGGGCUCAUAGUGACUGUGAUGAUCUAUGCAGUAGGGCACAUCUCUGGUGCACACAUGAACCCUGCUGUCACCACAGCUUUUGCAGCCGUCCUAAAUUUUCCUUGGAAACAGGUCCCAUUUUAUGCCGCAGCGCAAUUAACAGGAGCAAUUUCUGCUUCAUUUACUCUGAAAGUGCUACUAAAUCCUAUAAAAAAUGUCGGCACUUCUUCACCAUCUGGAACAGCUGUUCAAGCUCUCACCAUGGAAAUCGUCGUAACAUUUUCCAUGAUGUUCAUCACUUCUGCUGUGGCAACCGAUACUAAAGCUGUAGGAGAUCUGGCAGGUAUAGCUGUUGGUUCGGCAGUCUGUAUAACAUCCAUCUUAGCCGGCCCAGUAUCAGGUGGAUCUAUGAACCCAGCAAGGACACUGGGACCAGCAGUUGCUAGUCGAUACUUUAAAGGCAUAUGGGUGUACCUGCUCGGACCAGUGACAGGAACGCUCCUUGGAGCAUGGUCUUACAAUAUGAUUCGCGUGACUGACAAACCAGUUCAAGCAAUUCCUCGUCGUUCUUUAUCAUUCGGACCUCGCAGAAAGAGGGCCAUUGAUGAGCAGGCUCCGAGCAAGGGCCCUCUCCAUGCUUUCUGAAGAAAUACGGUCGUCGGGAAGUGACAGUCUUUCACAGAUUCCACGCCUCACAAUGUAUCAUACCAAGCUUAUCUUCUGUUAUUUUUCAAGCCUGUUUGUACCAUACAAGUUUUUGCCAAUGGAUUGGAGUUUAGAAAUAAAAAUGCAGUACAGAUGAUUCUGCAACUGUAUCAGCUUCACUCGUCACAAAGCUUGAAUGAUUUGAUAGGAACUACUGUCAAAGUGAAUUAAAUUCCAGUUUCUAAAGAUGGUUAAGCUGCGAGGGCCCUCUACAUAAGAAAACUUCAAAGCACUGCAGUUGAAUAGAAUUCCAAAAAAUAUCAACAGAUUCCUACCCUUCAACAUCGUAGCACUGAACCAAGCCACCAGCCUUAAAAAUUCAAAGCAAAAGCCCGACUCAUGAUUACGAUCUUCAUUUUGAGAAUAGUCUUUGAUUGAUAUUUCAUGUCUACAAAGUAGAUGCAUCUAACUGAAGUGUACAGGUAUUGUUGUGUACCAGACAUUACACAUGCCAACAGACGCAAAGUGGAUACAAUACAAAUAAAAAUGUCCGCC